CACGGAGGAGUCUACAUUCAAGAUUCCACGGACCUCCGGUGCAGUGACACAACUUCUUCAUUCCUCUCUGUGGCCCCCAGCAAGUCAAGUGGAACCCAAGAUGAUGUGCUGCUGUCUACGUGCGGACACCUGCUGAUGAUAUGGCCAUAGUGUCCCUCUGGUACUCAUUGGGCUGUAUGUACCUUAUGUUAUUACAAUGGAGAUACAGUGCUGAUGGAGAAAAGCUUUUCUCACAAAGUGGCUGCCAGCUGGUUUCCGGAAUGGCAGACUGCAGACACCUACAACUCUUGUCUGUUCCUCAGGACCUUCCUUCUUAUAUCCAAGAAAUACUUUUAGAUUUCAACCACAUUGAACAUCUUGGUAAAAACACAUUCCAGCGGUACAAAGGCCUGACCAAUUUGAGCAUGAAAUCCAACAGCUUAGCUCUCUUAGAGAAGGAUAUCUUCCAAGAUACAGUAAAGCUAGAGUCAUUAUCACUACAGAAUAACACUAUCUCUUCUGACUACACCCAAGUUGCCACAGGCCUGCUAUCUGCUUCAUCUCUUAAGUGGCUGGAUCUGUCUAGAAAUAAUCUUAAUGGAGGCAAGGUGACUACUCUUCUUAAGAAUUUAACAUCACUGGAGUACCUUUAUUUGGACUAUAAUGUUAUCAUGCGACUGGAUGAUUCCAUCUUUGAAGGUCUUAAUUCCCUGAGGGAGCUGAGCCUUCAGGGUAAUUAUAUUUAUGAGAUUGAAAAGGGGACAUUUGACCAUCUUACAAAACUGAACACUUUAAACCUUGCCUUUAACCUAUUGCCAUGCAUUGUAGACUUCAGUUUGAUACAGCUCAAAUUUCUCAAUCUCAGUUUUAACCAUAUUGAAUGGUUCCUGGCACGAGAAGUUGAUGUUGACUUUCAACUGGAGAAGCUAGACAUUUCCCACAACCAACUGUUCUACUUUCCGCUCUUGCCAAUGCGCCAUCAUCUCCACACACUGCUGCUCUCUGACAAUAACAUGAAAUUCUAUGCUCAUCUAUUUGAUGCCAACUCUUCCUUUGUUGAUUUCCUUAUUCUAGAUCAAAAUAUAAGCAGUAUAAUUACAGUAAAUUUAUGGGAAGGGUCCAUCUCAAGUAAUCUCUCUAGUUUACAAAUUAUGGAUAUGAGCAGAAACAAUUUUGACUACUUACCAGAGGACUUUCUUCCCCACAUGACUUCAUUGUCUGAACUCAGGCUUAGCUGGAACUGCUUAGAUACAUUUGACCUGUCAUCUGGACACAUCUCAAAUGUUCUUAUAAAUCUAGACCUCAGUAACAAUGAUUUGUGGGAACUUAAAAUAGAUACCAGCUCUCAAAGUUUUCCACAAUUACUUUACCUCAAUCUGAGCAAGAACAGACUUCAGGACCUUCCCCAGAAAAUCUUCCACACCAUGAUCAGGUUAGAUACUUUGGACCUAAGCCAUAACCUGAUCCAAUUGUGUUCUGAUCUAGGUUAUGCUACUGCAGAUCAGGCUUGUGUGGACCUUAAAAAUACAGGAUCUAUUAGGCAACUACAACUAGCUGCCUCUGGUUUAAAUUUAGACACUCAUAAUGUUUUCCAAGGCAUGGAAUUAACACAUCUGGACAUUUCAUAUAACCCAUUGAAAGGCCUUUAUUUUUUGAAGGAUACUGCCAGAACGAUAAAAUUCCUUUCAAUCCGAAAUAGCUCCUCCUUUCUCGAUACAAUUGAUUUCUCUGACUUUGUGAGUUUGGUUUCUCUUGAUCUCUCAGAAAACAGUCUGAAAACAUUCCCUGGAUCAUUGAUUCAUUUGCCACUGCAGUAUUUGGACAUCCGAAAAAACAGACUAAUUUCAAUACCCUUGUCUGGUUCUAAUCAGCCACUCACAAGGAACCUGAACACUGUAUUUCUAAGCAAAAACCCAUUUGAUUGCUGUAAACUGAGCUGGUUUGAAAUACUUAAGGCAUCCAGAAGUAUCAGUAUCCCAGAUCUCCAAGAGAUGACAUGUAACUUCUCCAAUACCUAUAUGUCUGUGCCACAGCUACCUGAGUCUGUUCUUUAUAGCUGCAAAUGGAAAUCUGGUGGCACUCUAUUGGCUGUUCUGCUCACUGUGCCUGUCUCUGUAACUUUGCUUGUAGCACUUCUCCUCUUGUUUUUAACAUUCAAGCAGCCAAUACUAAAAAUGUUUAAAAGACGUUUUAGGAUGUCUUCCCAGUACUGAUAAUUGUGGUAUGUAUUUAGU